UUUGUCAAGAUUAAAUGUCAAAAUAUUUAUUAAAUGAAAGACAUCAGAAAAGUGUAAAUUGAUAUUUAUUGUGUUAAGAAACAAUUUCCAGUGAAAUGUUUUGCUGUGGGAACAAUUAAAUUUAAAUUUAGAAAAUGCAAAACUUCACCCUAUAUCACGACCCAGGAAGCAUCGACAUCGAACUGUACACGAACAACAAUCUUCAUCACAUCAAGAAAGUUCGCAGCAUACAAGAGCAAGCCUAUUUACUGAAUACCCGCUACGAAUUAUUUACGGGCUUAGUUAACCCAACCGCUGGUUAUGUGGAACUGAAAGUACUUCGGUCUGGCGUUGUUGACUUUGACAUUGACAUUAAAGACAAGUGUCUGUAUGUCGUGGAUGAUAGGGGAUCUGUCCAUCGAUUGAAUCCGUUCGGCAACAAUGAGUCCACGGAAAUCGUUGUUCCCAAUCCGAAAUCAUGUGUGCACGGUUGCAAUAGGCCUAACUUAAGAGUUGCGAAAGUGUGUGUCAAUGAAGACGGAAUUUUGUUUGUUACCGUUCAGCAUGAGCUCUUUGCAAUGGGCAAUUUCGAGGAUGUUGUUACCUCCGACAUUCCGGUGCCGGUGGAGUGCUUUGCUGGAUUCAAAAUUUUGCAAGUAGUUGCUGGCUCUAAUUUUGUUGUGGUUUUAACGUACAAAAAGCCACACAUCGGUUUCGAUGACAUCAGCGACGAGGAAAGUGAAACGAGUAAUCAUUUCAACAGCAACUGUUCCCAAUGUUCGCCGAAUGCAAAGCCAGAAGGAUUCUUCAAUGACGAAUCAAUGAAAGACGCACCGGUAGCUGAAUCUUCUUCGUACCAAAAUGGAAGCACCCAACCACUUGCGGAACUAAGUUCAUCCGAAAUGAACAACCAAUCAAAACGUGAUGCAGUAGAGGUGCCUACAGUUACAAAUCAUCGCGAUGAUGAAGAGACGGAUGGCAAUUCAAUAAACGAUUCCUCCAUGAUGUCAAAUUCACUCGACCAAUAUACCAGUGAUGUUGGAAGUGUGGCUGAUUUGAUUGAAAACGAUGUGGAAUCGGAUAUCAUUAAGAUUUGUCGUAUCGGGGCCAAUAUGUUAGGCACUGGUGUGUGGUGUUUCGGAAGUGUUAAUAUAGGUCAUUUGGGUACCGGAGAUCAUAUUAAACGAACACGAAUAAAUCAAGUGCUCGGUUUGACUGGACAGGGAGUGGUGAAAGUUUGUUGUGGCAACGAUCAUUCAGUGGCCAUUACAUUAGAUGGCCGUUUGUUCCUCUGGGGAAAUAACAGCGAGCAACAAAUUUCCACCGAAGAAAUCGAAGAUGUAUCAUCACCACGUCGCUACCGGCACGCCCAGAAUGUUCUCGAUGUGGCGUGUGGCAGUCAUUCAACAAUUAUCUUACACAAUGACCUUCAAAUAAAGGAGAUUUGUAGACAACAGUCAGAUAGUUCGGCGCACCAGAAGACAUUCAAAUACUUGGAAAAUGACGAAAGUAAAUCCAAAGAGAGCACAUCGUACAUUUUGGCCUCACAGAGCCUAACGAUUCAAAAUCAUUCCACAUUUUCACCGAUCGAGAAGCACUUGAACAGUGAACAAAAGUUCCUGCAAGAGACAUUGACCACGUACCAAAGCAUUUUGAAACCAUUCCGCAAAAAGUUGUAUUUUAUCAACAAGAAUCCGACGAUAGACCAUUUGUGCCAGCAGUAUCUGAACAUAUUGAACAUGACUGCCGUGAAUUUAAAGUCCAUGAUCGACUACUACAAUGGGAUUAUCAGCUAUCACGAUAUCCUUUUCCUAGUUAAUUCGACCGAAAUGACCGCAUUGUAUCGUGCGUAUACGACAUGCUUUUGUGAUGUGGUUGUUAUGCAAGGAUUUUCCAACGAAAACCUGGUUCUGGGCAAAGUGAAAGAUCCGCGGAAAGUUUUUAUGGCUCCAUUUCAACGGGUUUGGUGUUACGUUGACUUUAUAUGCCAUUUACUGGAGACGACUUCUCAGAACAAUACUUUUCUGGACGAGAAACGGAGUGUGUGGGAAAAGUAUAAAAUCGAAAAAGACUUAGCCAUCGAAUUAGCAGAUAAAACGGUGAAAUUUUGGGAGAGCAACGGGAAGAGCUUGGCACUGAGACUUCAGGCGUCCGAGCGUAGAUUAAUCAUUGAAUCGAAAGACGUGACGCUGAAAUUGAUGGCCAGCAAUCGUUUUUCUAGUCAUUGGUUCAUACUAUUUUCGGACGUCUUUUGUCAUCACACCAGUAGUACAUUACAACUUCUUCCAUUGACCACGCUAUGGAUAUCAGCACUGCUCGACAUAGAAAAUAGGAAAAAUUCAUUCAAAAUUACGUCGCCGGAAGAAUGUCUGAUCUUAAUGGCACAAGAUCACGACAGCAAAAUGAAAUGGAUCGAAGCCACCGAAUUGGGCAUAAAAAGUUGCUUGGAAUUGACGGCCUCGAGUAUUGUUCCGAAAUUCCGGAAUGCAGCCUACACAUUCAGCGAAAAGCAUCUGAAGUAUCCGCGAGCCAAAUACAUCGGGCAAUGGUGGUGCGGUCAGAUGCAAGGAAUCGGACAUUUUGAAUUUCCUGAUGGACGGGUAUACAAUGGCCAAUUGUCUAACAAUGAGAUCAGCGGAAUCGGUAGAAUGUAUGGCAGUUCAAUGGCUGGUAUUUACGAAGGUGAAUUUUUGAAUGGGAAAUACCACGGCCAUGGAAUCUUGGAUUUGAAAAAUAAGGAGACUUAUGAAGGCAAUUUCAAGGACGGAGCUUACCACGGCCAUGGCGUGCUACGGACGAAUAAGUUCACCUACAUCGGAGAAUUUAUCAACAAUUCGAAGAAUGGAUACGGAGUUUUGGACGAUGCAGUUACCGGAGACAAGUACAUGGGAAUGUUCAUUGAGAACAAGAAGUGCGGUUUUGGCUUAUUGAUCACCAUGGAUGGCAGUUAUUUUGAGGGUACAUUUGUGAACGAUUAUUUGGCUGGAUUUGGUAUUGCUUAUCUGCAGAAUGGAUCGUACUUUGAAGGGGAGUUGACACUCAAUGGGCCCAGUGGGAAAGGAAUGAUUUGUCUACCGAAUUCUGAGCUGAAAAGUGAGACAAUCGAACUGGAGGAUCGAAACAUAGAAAUGUUCGGAAAUGUAUCAUCGGGAACAUUCGCGGGAAGCUGGGAUGAAAUUAAGGUCAACCAUGGAAGUAUAUUGAUGAGCCAGACGUUCCCAAAAUAUCCAAAAUCACUCGGGCAAUUAUCCACCGAUUUCAACCUGAAAUGGCGUUCACUGUUUCACGAUUGGGAAAGCAAUGUGUUCGGUUCAACGAUGGGGCUGAGCAAUAAACAAAUUUGGAAUAAAGUGGCCAUUUACACCAACAAUUCGAAGCGAAAGGAAAAAAUGAAAUCCGAAGAAUUUUCGCAUGAAAACGUCUCGUUUUGUGAUGCUCGUCGCGACAGUAUAGACAAAUUUGAUCGUUCGUCGUUGAAAAGUAACAAUUCUGUGUACAGUCAAUAUUCAUUGCGUAGCAAUCGCGAACUGCACACAAAAUUGCACAAUUUUGCGGAGGCUGUCGACUUGAUUAAGGAGAAAACAAAUUCCUUGAAAAGCGACAAAAUGCUCAGCCAACAGGAGACGUGCUCCAAUAAAGAAGUUCUGUUCGACAAUUUGAAAAAUCAAGAAUCAAAUUUGAUGGAAAUCUUCACAAUCAAGCAAAAUCCGUCGCAGAGUGUGCUCAACAAAAUCGCGUACGAUUUUACAAACGACAUCGAAAAGCGACGCCGAAGUGUAGCCGGUGCAAGUCUGGAGUAUGUACCAUGUUUUGGCAUAACGCAAUUGGAGCAAUCGGAUCUGGUUUCGAUCAGAGAUUAUUUGACUGACGCCUUCAAAGAUCCACACCAUCCGUUGGGUGUGCUGAACAGCAAAAUAUCUUUUUGCUUCUACACUUCGUACGGAUGUUGGAAGGUUAAACCGACGUCGAUACUAUCUAGUCAAGCGAUGCGAGAAUGGGAAAUGAUAUCGAAACGAAUUUACAAUUUCAUACGGAAAUUGUUUCCUGCGCUGCCAUUGGAAAGUGAUAACUGUGAUGGAGAAAUUAUAUCUCACCAAAGCCUACUCUAUCCGAUAUUGCUGUCUGAAGGCAUUUACUCAACGUUGUUCGUUCUUUAUGCCAGUAAAUGCAGUCAAAACGACGAAAUUUACCGUCAGAGAACACACACAUGUGAUAAAAAGUCGGACAAAGAUCUUAUUGCAUUUUUGCGCAUAGAAAGUAAUUUACUACCCAUGAUACGGAGCAAUCAAUUUGAAAAUGCGAUCGCCUGUCUGAAACAAGUGAAGGAGCAGUACUGUCCACGAAAAAUGUUAAAUCAAAUCGAAGAUACGUUCAAGCUGAUGGAUGAAGCUAAAUGUGAAGUUUUGGGCAAGUCUUACAUACUCAAUGCCGACAAUAUUAUGCCGCUGACGAUUUUCCUGAUAAUUCGAGCUGGUAUUCCGCAUCUGGGCGCCGAGCUAUUGUUGCUUGAAGAUCUGAUGGGAAGUGACUUUGAACCGGUGAUGUUGGGCUUUGCCGGAUAUUGUUUUGCAACUGUUAAGGCUACGUAUCAACACAUCUUAAGCGAGAAAUUCUUUCAAGAUUAGUUGCUGCUAGUAGGAUUAUAGUUUACUUAUUGUCUGUGUGUAUACAAUCGAGGCAUAGUUCUUUUUUGUUUAUUGUUGUUAGUAUAUUCGUUUGAUCAUUUUUAUUGGACAAAAUUAAUGUAAAAUUUAGAUAAAUGAAUCGUCCCAUAAAUUAUGUCAUGCAAUAUCAGUCUCUUCUUUUGCAUAAUUUAUGGUCAUUUUAACAAAGAAGUAGAAAUAUUCGAUCACAAAAAGGGAACAAAA